AUGGCCCCCGAGCUCGAUGUGGAUUUAUACCAGUAUUUCGGGCUGUCAAUAGAAAGUUCACUCAAAGAAAUCAAGAAGGCAUAUAAAAUUAAAGCUAAAGAAUUGCACCCGGAUAAAAACAAAGAUGACCCAAAAGCAAAGGAGAAGUUUCAGAAGCUCAAGGAGUAUCAUGAUAUACUCUUGGAUCCAGUAUUAAAACAGGAAUAUGAUAGAAAAAUUCGAUCUAGACAAGCCGCUGCAAAACGACAUUCUGAGUUGAGUAGCGAACGAAGGCGUCUCAAGGAAGAACUCGAGGCUCGAGAAAGAGAGGCAAUGGCCAGAAGAAAAGAGGCUCAUAAAGUGAUUGAGAAGGAAAGGGUUGCUGAAAGAAUUAGAAAAGAAUGGGAAGAAGAACAGGAAGCACUUCGACAUGAACACUUGCAAAAGCAAAAAAUGACGGAUUUGACCGAGAAAAACUUUGUUGUCGCCGUUAAAUGGAGAAAGACUUGUGGAACCCAUUUUUAUACAAAGGAUUUCCUCUAUACCUGUUUGCGAGAGUUUGGGAAUGUGCUAAAUGUAGUUGUUGGGAAGAAAUGCAAUGCAAUUGUCGAAUUCGCCACUAGGAAGGAAGCGGAGGAUGCGAUUCACCUCGGAUCCGUGGGAACUGUUGGCUAUCCAGAUAAUCCCUUAAAUAUCUCCUGGCCUGGUGGCAUUCCUCCACCUAACAUUGAUUCAAUCCCGAAAGUCUCCAAUUCAAAACGCAAGAGCCCACCUCCAUCACCAGAGCGUCAGCACGGCCUCCUCCCAGAAAACGUACGUCUACUUUGCGAUCAAUUAUGUUAG